AUGGCUCUUGUGAGCUCCAACACCAGUCUCCUCUCCUUGCUGCUUCUGUUCCUGAUGCUGCUCCACCAAGGACUCCAGACUCCAGUGCCGCCUUCAGUUUCAGCCUCAGGCAAAGCCAGCAAGUUGAAUUGCAACAUUAUUGCCGAGGAGAUUCUGAGUUCCAUCGAAGUGAGUAUCUGGGAAUCUGAUCUCACUGAAGACAAUGUCAGAAUGUCACUGCAGCUCUCAUACUCCCCAGCUGUCACUCACCCCCAGUUCUUACCUCUCAAGCUCUCACCUCCCCACCCCACCCCCAGCUCUCACCUCCCCAGCUUCUACACAGAGGAUUCUUUGCCUUCUCAGAACGACACCUUGCGGAGAGCAAACCUGUGCGAAUUCCUGAGAAUGGGAAAUGUAUCAAAAAUAGACAAACUCAAGACCAAACUUGAGAUACUUGGGCGUUGCCUACCCAAGGUUGAGAGCACCUCUGAGAUGACGGACAUCUUCCUUACAAACGAUGAGAAGGACUUUAAUAAGAAACUGAGGUACUUUGUGAGCCAACUGUACGAUCUGCUGCCAACACCGAUCCCUACAACACCUGAUCCGACCUCUGACCCGGUCACGUCUUGCUCUGUGACCAUGGAAUAA